AUGUACGAUGAAUGGCUAAAAAAUAUGGAUGAGGGUAAAAUAACUGGUCUUGUUUCUCUGGACAUCAAGAAAGCAUUUGAUUCAAUUAACCAUCACAUUUUAAUGUUAAAAAUGAAAGACCAGUUUGGUAUUCGUGAAAAUGAAUUGAAUUGGUUUACCUCUUCCUUGACUGAUCGUCAGCAAGUUUGCUGUGUAAAUGACCAUAUAUCCUCUUGGAAAUCCAUAGAAAGUGGUGUGCCGCAGGGGUCCAUUCUCGGUCCUUUGAUGUUUUUAUCAUAUAUUAAUGAUUUGCCGCAAUAUUUAAAAUUUACAACUCCGGGUUUAUAUGCUGAUGAUACACAGAUAUUUGCCUCGUCUGAUAAUUAUGAUGAACUGGUGGAACUAUUAAACUCUGAUUUGAAAAAUAUUAGUAGAUGGCUCUCGGAUAACAAACUGCAACAUCAUACUACUAAAACUAAGCUAAUGUUAAUAGGCUCCCGGUAG